AUGGUGGCCGGUACUUAUGCAACGCGGCGAGUACAACAUUCCAUGAAAAAUGGCUUUCCAAAGGGAUCCAACGGCUUUGCAAGCCAUCGGAGAGAGUUAAACACAGAGCUGGAAGUGGAUCUCGAGGAGACACCACUGUUUAUCGCUGUUAUGACAUACUUGUCGUAUUUCUUCUUGAUAAUCUUCGGCUACAUGCGUGACUUCAUGCGCAAGUACGGAUUAGAGAAGUCCAAGUCUGUUAAGGAAACAGGAAAUCAGGGUUUUGUGCCGCUUUAUUCCGACUUUGAGAGUUUCUAUACACGAAAUCUUUACACUCGUGUGAGGGACUGUUUUAACAGACCCAUUUGUAGUGUUCCUGGCGGAGAGGUCGCGCUCGUGGAUAGAGAGUCUGAGGACUGGAACUGGACUUUCAGAUACCCAGGAACGACAACAAAGACUGUCAAUCUUGCCUCUUAUAAUUAUCUUGGGUUCGCGGAGAAUUCUGGGCCGUGUGCAGAUGCCGCUGAACAGGCUGUUCGUGAAUAUGGCAUUGCGGGCUGCAGCUCAAGACAUGAAUAUGGGACCCUUGAUAUUCAUAACGAGUUAGAAGCUCUUGUCGCCAAGUUUGUUGGUAAGCCUGCAGCUAUGGUGUUUGGUAUGGGAUUCGCCACCAACUCUGCAAACAUCCCCACCCUGGUGGGCAAGGGAGAUCUGAUUAUUAGUGAUGAGCUGAACCACACAUCGCUCAUCUUAGGAGCAAGACUGUCAGGAGCGAAGAUUAAAGUCUUCAAACAUAACGAUAUGACGAGUUUGGAGAAAAUCUUGCAUGAGUCGGUUUCUCAGGGACAGCCAAUAACUCACCGUGCGUGGAAAAAGAUUCUCAUCAUAGUUGAAGGUGUCUAUAGUAUGGAGGGCUCCCUCGCGAAGCUCCCAGGGAUUGUUGCCCUUAAAAAGAAGUACAAAGCUUACUUAUACCUAGACGAGGCUCACAGUAUUGGUGCCAUGGGCCCAAAUGGAAGAGGUGUUACUGAAUACUUUGGGGUGGACCCUGCUGAUGUUGAUAUCAUGAUGGGAACAUUUACAAAGAGUUUUGGUGCAGCCGGGGGAUACAUUGCUGCGUCACAGGAAAUAAUAGAUCAUAUCAAAGGAAGUUCCCAUAGUGCAGCGUACGCCUCUUUCAUGUCGCCUCCAGUAGUCAUGCAAAUAAUAUCUUCAAUAAAGAUAAUCAUGGGCGAGGACGGAACAAGUAAAGGAAAGCAGAGGCUUACCAGAUUGGCACAGAAUUGCAAGUACUUCCGACAAAAGCUGAAAAAGAUGGGCUAUAUAGUAUACGGCCAUGAUGCCUCAGCAGUAGUACCCAUUCUUCUUUACAUGCCGGCAAAAACGGUUGCCUUUUCGCGUGAAAUGCUCAAAAGAGGUGUGGCUGUGGUCAUUGUAGGGUUCCCUGCCACUUCACUGAUUGAAGCGAGAGCAAGGAUUUGUCUGUCUGCGUCACACACCAGGGAAAUGCUUGAUAAGGCUUUGAACGCCAUUGACGAGGUUGGGGAUAUACUUAGGGUCAAGUAUUCAAGGCGAAAGAAAAAUGCUGAAUCGUGAGAACAGAAGGAAGCAACUCUUGGGCAGCGAAAGAAUUAUAAUUUUUGCUUUCGGACAAAUAAAUGCUUUUAACUUCCAAAUAGUUAUGUAAAGUAGGAAUAAUAAUUGUAGUCUUCAUUUCAACAAAUGCCUCUUUUUAUGGGAUCAGUCAUUAUUUUACGGCUGGGGAGGAUCAGUUUGAAAUGUUUUACUUAGGAAUUAAUGGGACAUUGGAUCUGAUUAUUAAGGUAUUAUUUUUGCCUUAGCUUUCAGCUAAGAUUUAAGGGGAUCAUUCUCUCUAAUUUAUGAAGGAACCUAGUCCUCGAUAGCUCCCAACGUAAAUAGGACACAGUUUAUGACGUCCUCAAAGGACGUAACCUAUACGGGCCCCAUUUAGCACAUACUCGUUAUAGUUAAGUAACCAGAGUCUAGUCCCAGGGCCCCUUAUUCGCCAUCCUAAAAUUUGAGGGUAGAAGCGCCCUGGAACGAGGUUGGUAAAAACCAAUAGAACGAUGAUAAAGCCUGAGUAUAGUUCUGUAGGUUGGUAGGAGAAAGUAAUUUUAAUUUACCCACAUUUUCUAGAAUUAAAAGCAUCUCAAAAUAUACGUUGGAUCCAGAAUUGCAAGGAACUGUUUUUGUUAUGACACAACAUGGUUUGGUUUUCAAAGAAUUGUUUGACGAUGUAAUUCAAAGGGGGAAAAAACAUUGAAAUACCAACCAUUUUAAAUGGUUAAAGUUAGGUGUCGUAUUUUUUCAAGCUCUAUAGUUGGCAUAAAACUCGCGAGACUGUUUAGUUUGAAAUUAAGAAAAGGGAAGCUGAUUGAGUCACGUUGACUAAAAAUUUGUAUAGCCUAGUUUAGCUCAGUUAUACAAAUUUUCGUUUACGGUUUUUUAACCAUCAGAGUUUAAAGCUUGACAA